AUGAAGAUACAACAUAAACCCCAAAAUAUGCUUAGAUGUGGUGGUCGUGCUUGCAAGGCGUUAGUACUGAGUGUGUAUGAUUAUACAUCUCGUUAUGAUGAUGAUGUUGAUGAUGAUGAGAAGAAAAAAGCUCAUUUAAAAGCAAUAAAGAAAUGCAAAACACAUGAGGAAAGAACAUAA